UCCAUUUCGCUUCUCUCCUCCCUUCCCAUCUGGAAGGCAAUGGAUGCUUGAUCAUUUGGAAGAAGAAAGGAAAAGCAAUAGGACCAUGAGCAAAUUUCCUUACUCGCUUAGUUUCAGUUAGAGCCGAUCAUUUCUUGUCUCUCUCUUUCUCGUUUUCGUUCGCCCAACAGCACCGGCGCUCCCUCUGCUCAGGGGAAGCCCAGCCGUUCUUCCUCUGAAGGCGAAGACGCUCAACGGCAAAAAGGAUUGCCUGAGCGCAAGAGCAAGAUCGGUAGUCCCAGAUGCUUUUCACGAGUUCAUGCAUUGGCAUCCGAUCGACUCCCUAAGAUCGGCCAAAGGAGGAGGGAGGAGGCUUAAAGGAUGUCGAGCCACGAGACGAGCACGGGGCCACCGAUGCUCUCGCGUCGCCCCUCCAGGAGUGCCGCGACGACGACCUUCUCCCAUGAGGUGUUCGACAACGAGGUCGUCCCCCAUUCCCUCGGCAGCAUCUCGCCCAUCCUCAGGGUUGCCGCCGAGAUCGAGAACGAGCGCCCCAGGGUCGCUUAUCUCUGUCGAUUUUAUGCAUUCGAGAAGGCGCAUAGGUUGGAUCCGAGCUCCACUGGUCGAGGCGUCCGUCAGUUCAAGACCGCCUUGCUGCAGCGCCUGGAAAGGGAUAAUUCACCAAGUCUGGCAGCCAGGUUAAAGAAAAGCGAUGCACGAGAAAUUGAAAGCUUUUAUCAGCAGUAUUAUGAACACUAUGUUAGAGCGCUGGACCAAGGAGAGCAGGCGGACAGGGUCCAACUUGGUAAAGCUUAUCAAACGGCUGGCGUGCUUUUUGAGGUCCUUUGUGCUGUCAACAAAACUGAAAAAGGUGAAGAAGUUGCUCCUGAGAUUAUUGCAUCUGCUAAAGAUGUUGAAGAAAAGAAGGAGAUAUAUACACCGUAUAACAUUCUUCCGCUCGAUGCGGCUGGCGCUUCACAGUCUAUUAUGCAACUUGAAGAGAUAAAGGCAGCAGUUGCUGCUUUGCGGAACACUCGUGGCUUGACUUGGCCUUCUUCUUUUGAGCAACACAAGCAGAAAUCUAACCUGGACGUACUUGACUGGCUAAGGUCUAUGUUUGGAUUUCAGAAGGACAACGUGAGAAACCAGAGAGAGCAUCUCAUAUUGUUGCUAGCUAACGUUCAUAUCAGAUUGACCCCAAAACCGGAGCCUCUUAACAAGCUGGAUGAACGUGCUGUAAAUGCAGUUAUGAACAAACUCUUUAAGAAUUACAAGACCUGGUGCAAGUUUUUGGGCCGCAAGCACAGUUUACGCCUUCCUCAAGCUCAACAAGAAGUAGAACAGAGAAAGAUAUUAUAUAUGGGUCUGCAUCUUCUGAUAUGGGGGGAGGCUGCAAAUGUUCGUUUUAUGCCAGAAUGCCUUUGCUACAUUUUUCAUAAUAUGGCAUACGAACUUCAUGGGCUGUUAGCCGGAAAUGUUAGUAUUGUGACUGGGGAGAACAUAAAACCUUCUUAUGGUGGAGAUGAUGAGUCCUUUCUGAGAAAGGUCAUAACGCCAUUAUACCGUGUGAUUCAGAAGGAAGCCAGUAAAAGCAGGAAUGGAAAAGCACCUCACUCAGCUUGGUGUAACUAUGAUGACUUGAACGAAUAUUUUUGGUGCGCUGAUUGUUUUUCUUUGGGCUGGCCCAUGCGUGACGACGGCGAUUUCUUCAAAUCAACACGUGGAGCAAGGACUUCCUCACAGGUUGGACAGAAACCUGGUAAAAGAUCUGAGAAAAGCACAGGCAAAUCAAAUUUCGUCGAAACCAGGACGUUUUGGCAUAUCUUUCGAAGUUUUGACCGUAUGUGGACAUUCUAUAUCCUAGCAUUGCAGGCAAUGAUAAUUAUUGCAUGGAGUGAUUAUUCACUUCUAGAAAUUUUUCGGAGAGAUCUUUUAUACUCUCUCUCCAGCAUCUUCAUCACAGCUGCCAUGCUCCGGCUUCUUCAAGGUGUUUUGGACUUUAUCCUGAAUUUCCCUGGCUACCACCGUCGGAAAUUUACAGUUCUUCUGAGGAACAUGCUAAAGAUUCUUGUGAGUCUAGCAUGGGUGGUCAUCCUGCCUCUUUGCUAUAUACGUUCAUUAAAAAAUUCUCCAGCUUUCAUAGAGGAGUUACAGACAUGGCUUCGGGAAACAAAGGAUGUACCCCCACUAUAUAUCUUUGCUGUGAUAAUAUACUUGCUUCCAAACUUACUGGCAGCAAUCCUUUUUAUAUUUCCUAUGCUCCGACGCUGGAUAGAGAACUCUGAUUGGCACAUUAUAAGAUUUCUUUUGUGGUGGUCACAGCCUAGGAUGUAUAUUGGAAGGGGAAUGCAUGAAAGUCAGUUUGCACUUUUCAAAUACACUCUAUUCUGGGUGCUACUCUUAAUCUGCAAACUUUCAUUCAGCUACUUCAUUCAAAUAAAACCUCUGGUAAAGCCAACAAAAGAUAUUAUGAGUGUUCAUCGUGUCCAGUACUCUUGGCAUGAAAUCUUCCCAAAUGCCAAGCAUAAUGUUGGUGCAAUUUUAUCAUUGUGGGCACCUGUAGUUUUGGUUUAUUUUAUGGAUACUCAAAUAUGGUAUGCUAUAUUCUCAACUAUAUAUGGUGGUGUUUCUGGAGCCUUUGGUCGUCUUGGAGAGAUACGCACAUUAGGCAUGCUAAGGUCAAGAUUUAAUUCACUACCUGGAGCCUUCAAUGUAUGCUUGGUGCCUUCUGAAAAGACUCAACGUCGACGUUUUUCAUUGUCCAAGCGUUUUGCUGAGGUUUCACCAAGCAGAAGAACUGAGGCUGCAAAAUUUUCACAGUUAUGGAAUGAAAUCAUUACCAGUUUUCGAGAAGAGGACCUAAUAAGUGACAGGGAAAUGGACCUGAUGUUGGUUCCUUAUUCAUCAGAUCCUAGCUUGAAGCUCAUACAAUGGCCACCAUUUUUGCUGGCUAGCAAGAUCCCAAUAGCAUUGGACAUGGCAGUGCAAUUUCGGUCGAGGGAUGCUGAUCUCUGGAAGAGAAUAUGUGCUGAUGAGUACAUGAAAUGUGCUGUUCUUGAAUGUUAUGAAUCUUUCAAGCAUAUAUUGAACCUACUGAUUGUUGGUGAUAAUGAGAAAAGGAUUAUAGGCAUUAUUGUCAAGGAAGUUGAGGUCAGCAUUUCAAAGAAUACAUUUCUUGCAAAUUUCAGAAUGAGUGCAUUGCCCAAACUUUGUAAGAAGUUUGAACAGCUUGUUCAGAUACUGAAAGACGGGGAUCCAAGUAAGCGUGAUGCAGUUGUUUUGCUGCUGCAAGAUAUGUUAGAAGUGGUUUCCCGUGAUAUGAUGGUCAAUGAAAUUCGUGAACUGGUUGACUUUGGCCAUGGAAAUAAAGAUUCAGUUUCUGGAAGGUAUGAUCUAGCAAAUGCAUCUCAAACUGCGCGGCAGCUUUUUGCUGGGACUGGUCCCAAACCUGCAGUCAUUUUCCCACCAGUAGUAACUGCACAAUGGGAGGAGCAGAUCAAGCGCCUUUACCUGCUUUUAACAGUGAAGGAGUCUGCCAUUGAUGUGCCAACGAAUCUGGAAGCAUGUAGGCGGAUAGCAUUCUUUACAAAUUCUUUAUUUAUGGACAUGCCACGUGCUCCACGUGUCCGUAAAAUGCUCUCAUUCAGUGUUAUGACACCCUAUUACAGUGAAGAAACAGUAUAUUCAAAAAGUGAUCUUGAGCUUGAGAAUGAAGAUGGUGUCUCGAUCAUAUUCUAUCUGCAAAAAAUUUUCCCGGAUGAAUGGAAUAAUUUCAUGGAACGGCUCAAUUGUAGAAGAGAGAGUGAGGUUUGGGGUAAUGAAGAGAAUGUCUUGCACCUUCGUCAUUGGGCAUCCCUAAGAGGGCAAACUCUCUGCAGAACAGUCCGAGGGAUGAUGUACUACAGAAGGGCUUUGAAGCUUCAAGCUUUUCUUGACAUGGCUUCUGAAACAGAAAUAUUGGAAGGCUACAAGGCAGUUACGGGACCAGUGGAUGAAGAAUUGAAGAGCCAGAGGUCAUUAUCUGCUCAGCUAGAGGCUGUGGCGGACAUGAAAUUCACAUAUGUAGCUACUUGCCAGAACUAUGGUAACCAAAAGCAAAGUGGAGAUCGCCGUGCUACAGACAUUCUAAACUUGAUGGUUAACUAUCCAUCUUUACGUGUAGCAUACAUUGAUGAAGUUGAAGAAAGAGAAAAUGGCAGAGUACAGAAGGUCUAUUAUUCAGUUUUAGUGAAAGCUGUCGAUAACCGUGAUCAGGAAAUUUAUCGUAUAAGAUUACCUGGUUCGGCAAAGUUGGGGGAAGGCAAGCCAGAAAAUCAAAAUCACGCAAUAAUAUUUACUAGGGGUGAAGCUCUUCAAGCAAUUGAUAUGAAUCAGGAUAAUUACCUGGAAGAAGCUCUCAAAAUGCGUAAUCUCCUAGAAGAGUUCAAUGAGGACCAUGGGGUGCGUCCACCAACAAUUUUGGGUGUUCGUGAGCAUAUCUUCACUGGAAGUGUCUCUUCCUUGGCAUGGUUCAUGUCAAAUCAAGAAACGAGUUUUGUUACGAUUGGGCAAAGAGUCUUGGCUAGCCCAUUGAAGGUUCGCUUCCAUUAUGGACAUCCAGAUGUUUUCGACAGGAUCUUCCACAUCACCAGAGGUGGUAUUAGCAAGGCUUCUCGAGGAAUCAACCUAAGUGAAGAUAUUUUUGCUGGCUUCAACUCAACGCUGAGGCGUGGAAAUGUCACCCACCAUGAGUACAUUCAAGUUGGAAAGGGUCGUGAUGUUGGACUUAACCAAAUAUCUCUUUUUGAAGCAAAAGUAGCUUGCGGCAAUGGGGAGCAGAUACUGAGUCGAGACAUCUAUCGUUUGGGACAUCGUUUUGACAUGUUUCGCAUGCUUUCCUGUUAUUUUACAACAGUUGGUUUUUAUGUCAGUUCGAUGAUGGUCGUCAUUGUUCUUUAUGUAUUCUUGUAUGGAAGGCUCUAUUUAUCACUAAGUGGAUUGGAGAAUUCACUAGUAAAGUAUGCACGUGCUAGGGGUGAUGAUCCUCUUAAGGCAGCAUUGGCAUCUCAGUCACUUGUUCAGAUAGGAUUAUUGAUGGCGUUGCCUAUGGUAAUGGAGAUUGGAUUAGAGAGAGGUUUCAGAACAGCUCUAAGUGAUAUUAUCAUCAUGCAACUUCAGCUGUGUUCAGUUUUCUUUACUUUCUCUCUCGGCACAAAGACACAUUACUUUGGUCGCACUGUCUUGCAUGGUGGUGCUAAAUACCGGGCCACUGGCCGUGGUUUUGUUGUACGGCAUGAGAAGUUUGCAGAAAAUUACAGGCUUUACUCAAGGAGCCAUUUUGUGAAAGGGUUGGAACUGAUGAUACUUCUUCUGGUAUAUGGGUCUUAUGGUCCUACAUCAUCUGAUCCAAAUGCAUACGUGUUGCUUUCAUUCUCAAUGUGGUUCCUUGUUGUGUCUUGGCUGUUUUCUCCCUUCCUCUUUAAUCCAUCUGGAUUUGAAUGGCAAAAGGUUGUGGAUGACUGGGAUGAUUGGACAAAGUGGAUAAGCAGUAGGGGAGGAAUAGGAGUACCGGGAGACAAGAGUUGGGAGUCAUGGUGGGAAGAAGAGCAGGAGCAUUUGCAAUACACUGGACUGUCUGGACGUUUCUGUGAGAUUGUUCUCUCCUUUCGCUUCUUCAUUUACCAAUACGGAAUUGUUUACCACUUGCAGAUAGCAAACAAGAAUACAAGCAUCAUGGUUUAUGGGCUAUCAUGGCUGGUCAUUGCUGCAGUCAUGAUUAUAUUGAAGGUGGUGUCCAUGGGAAGAAAGAAGUUUAGUGCUGAUUUUCAGCUGAUGUUUAGACUUCUCAAACUAAUCUUAUUUAUUGGAUCUGUUGGAGCUGUUGGUGUCCUCUUCACACUGAAUCUCACAAUUGGCGACAUCUUUGCUAGUUUCUUAGCUUUCAUGCCAACAGGGUGGGCACUGCUACAGAUUGCUCAAGCAUGCAGGCCACUGAUGAAAGCUUUGGGACUUUGGGGCUCAGCAAAAGCACUUGCCAAGGGAUAUGAGUAUAUUAUGGGUCUUAUAAUUUUCACACCUGUUGCUGUCCUUGCAUGGUUUCCCUUUGUAUCGGAGUUCCAAACACGGCUUCUCUUCAACCAAGCAUUCAGCCGAGGCUUGCAAAUUUCACGGAUUUUGGCUGGAGGGAAGAAGCAGAACUAAGUUUAGUGAUUUCGGGGACAAGGACAUCAGGAAGAAUGCCUGCAUAUGUGUCUUUAGUACCUGUAAAAUAGCAUUUUUUGUUCGGAACUUUGAACUGGUUUACAAGAAGCAUGAAAGUUAGAUGUAACAUACGUUAGCUUGUGUAGGUUUUUGUGCUCUUCUAUUUAUCUGAUUACUUCCUAUAGAUCAACUUAAAUGAAGCUACAUACUAAAGCUAAAGCAGAUGAAGCUCCAUUACAAAAA